AAAAGACGAAAAUCUCCAGCCAUGGUGUGGUGUAAGCAUUGUGCGAAGAAUGUUCCCGGAAUUCGCCCCUUCGACGGUGGUUUGGCAUGUGAUUUAUGUGGGAGGAUUUUGGAAAACUUCAAUUUUUCUACUGAUGUUACCUUCGUUAAGAAUGCCGCUGGACAGAGCCAAGCGUCAGGUAACAUUGUGACGAGUGUUAAGAGUGGGCUUUCAACCUCACGUGAAAGGAGAAAGAGAAUAGCUAGAGAUGAGAUAAGGAAUUUGAAAGAUGCCUUGGGAAUUGGUGAUGAGAGAGAUGAUGUGAUUGACAUGGCUGCCCAAUUCUUUGAUAUCGCAACUGACCAUAACUUCACUAAAGGGCGCAGAACUGAACUUGUACAGUCUUCCUGUCUCUACUUGACUUGCAGGUUAGAAUCUUAGUGAUCGUAGUUACAGAUUUCUUUCCCUCAUAUAUCAUGCUGAGUUAUGUUACGAGUGAUGCGUUAUUUCGCUGUAUGUUAACCUGUUA